GUCAUCUGCGCCGUGGGAGGAGUGCUUUGCAUAAGUCUAGCCAUCGGAAGAAGAGGUAAAUCUUCAUCAGCUUCCCUUACGCUGUACGUAUCGACAAAGCUGACCGUGUCCAUCUCGUACUUUGUAUUCCCACUCUGGACAGCGGAGAUCCUACCGCCAGGUCCCAGGGAGACAGCGCUAGUUCUCGCGGAGAUACUCAACCUUGCUUGCCCCGUCUUCCUACCGCUGCUCAUCUAUCAGGGACGCACACAACACCUGUUGCCAAUGACACUUCUAGGGCUUCUCCAUGUGGCCGGAGGACUAAUGUCCUUGUGCUUACCAGAGACCCGCCUUAUCAGCUUCCUCAACACACCGGCAGUUGUGCCAGUUGCCCAGUGUGAUGGUCACUGGACUGCUCACAAUUGUGCUCACUGCCACAAUUCACCCAAUUGUACCCCAACAAAUAGUAUAAGGAAUCCCAAUCCUUUACCAGAAUCACCAAUAUUUAGCCUUCUGCGCUGUCAAGAAAGUCAAAUGUCAUAUUCAGGACGAGAAUCUGCGAUGUCUGACAUGAGCAAUCCAAGAUUGGGAGAAAGACAACUAUCGAUGGACGAGUUGAAAGUAACUGUCCUUUGAUAAACAGCUCAUCAUAUAGGAAUAACAAUAGAUGGAAUGGCAAAAAAUGGCCUUGGAAAUUUAUUUGUCAUGAAAGAAUCUGUUGCAGUCUGAAAAUAUGGAUAUUAUUGAGUCUCAUAUAGAAUGUGUUUAAAUUUUGAAGAGGGAAAACAGAUUAAGUACCUUUAUUGCUAAAUGUGAAGAAACUUAAUUAAUUUAGGGUUUCUUAAACUAU